CUUCCCUAAGUCUGUUUGCAAGAACCUUAGCAAUACACUUAUACAGUAUAUUGCAACAUGAUAUCGACCUGAAUUGCUUCAUACAAUCAGCAUUUUGUACUUUAGGAAUUAGAGCCAGGUAAGUAGAGUUUACCUCUGAAAGAAGCUUCCCUGUUCUGAAAAAAUCCAAGACUGCAUCAGUGAGAUCCUUCCCCAAGAUCUCCCAGAUAUGUUGGAAAAAUCUAGCUGUGAAGCCAUUUGGACCAGGAGAUUUAUCUCCAUUCAUAAAAAAAAGAGUUGUUUUCACUUUUAAGUUUUCAUAUUUGGCUUUUAUCUAUGAUGUAGAUCAGAGACUCGACGGCGGGCUUGCCAGAGAAGGAGGUGAAAGGAACAAUGACGAGCGAGGAGGAUUCCAUCGAACAAGCUUCGGUAGCACGGCGUGAGAGACUGAUGACUCUUAAAGCUGCCAAGGAGCUUAUGAACACCCCGGAUGAGGGUUCAGAACUAGUUGAGGAUAAGACGGAUCAAGAGAUUGAAACAGCUAAUGGCGAUAAUCAAGGGUUGAGGUUUCGCAACUAUGUACCUCAAGCCAAGGAGCUUCAAGAGGGAAGGCUUGCUCCACCAGUGCUACCAAAGUUUGAAGAUCCUGUUGCAGCAGCCCCUCCACCACUGGAGGAGAAAGAGGAUCCAUUCCUCAACAUUGCUCCAAAGAAACCAAACUAGGACCUGCGGAAGGAUGUUCAGAAGAAGCUUGAUAAGCUUGACCGUCGAACGCAGAAAGCAUUGUACAAACUCAUGGAGGAACAAGAAAAGGAGAGACAGGCAGCUGAAACCACCGAAGAGGAUUAGAACAGAAUCAUCUUCCUUCCACCCAAUUCACAAUCGAAUGAUCUGGUGUAGCUGUGAUAUGAGAUGCCAAAACUAGAAUACUGACAAUGCUGAUUUCCUUUUAGAGUC